UUCAGUGUAACCUCGAAUGUCGAUGUUUGCCACGUCUAUUGUCGGUUUUCAAGGCGUGGUCCAUCAACCAGGGCAGCGAACCGAUUACGGCUGAUCUUCGUCGCACGGCAAGGAAGAAAGCGAAACGGCGAAAAAAAAACAAGGAAACGGGAAGAGCACAGCAAGGUUCCUUCCUUCCUUAUCUCUCACGAAAUCCGUAUCUUGAUUUGUUUCCAUGCCUUUGUUCAUUUUUUUUCCUCUUUCUUGACUCUGGUUCGGUGUUUCUACAAGAUACGGUCUCUUGUUCUUCCUCAAAGAUUGAUGAGAUCUUAAGAGGGUCUUGAUGGGGAAUCGCUCAAGUGUGUCUGUCAGCAAGUCUAUUUCAGUAGGUGAGAGUUGCAGCACAUCCAAUGGUGAUUCAAACAAGAGGACGAGGAUGUGCUGUUUGGAUGACAAGCCAAGGCUGUUUGUUAGUCUUCCAGAUGAAAUCUCGAUGCAAAUACUUGCAAGAUUGCCUAGAAUUUACUACCUGAAUGCUAAAAUGGUUUCACGGAGUUGGGAAGUAGCGAUCAUGAGCGAUGAGCUUUUUCAGACAAGGAGAGAACUGGGGGUGACUGAAGAAUGGUUAUAUGUGAUGACAAAGGCUGAAACAGACAAGGUUUCUUGGCACGCAUUGGACCCUCGUUUGAGUAGGUGGCAACGGUUGCCUCCGAUGCCACAUAUUGUCAGUAAGGAAUCAAAGAGGGGGUUACUUGGACUUAAAUUGUCGAGUGCAGUGGGGUCUAGCAUCAAACUUGCAGUUGCUGGUAUCAUAAGGAGGUGGCUUGGACAGAGGGAUAGCUUGGAUCAAAUGCCCUUUUGUGGUUGUGCUGUUGGUUGUGUCAAUGGUUGCCUCUAUGUGUUAGGGGGGUUUUCUCAAGACUCUGCGAUCAAUUGUGUCUGGAAAUAUGAUCCAUGCCUUAACUUAUGGCAGGAAGUUAGUUCCAUGACUAGUGCUAGAGCUUUUUGUAAGACAGGCCUGUUAAACAACAAACUCUAUGUUGCAGGAGGGGUUAUCAGGGGCAGAAAUGGCUUAACUCCUUUACAAACAGCUGAAGUCUUUGAUCCUGUAACAGGUCUUUGGACUGAGUUGCCAAGCAUGCCUUUUUUGAAAACUCAAAUGUGGCCUAAUGUUUUAUUAGCUGACAUGUCGAAGCCUUUCGCAACUGGAAUGGUUUCGUAUAGGGGAAGAUUAUGUGUGCCUCAGAGCUUAUAUUCCUGGCCCUUCUUUUUUGAUAUGGGCGGUGAGGUCUAUGACCCAGAAACAAAUUCUUGGUCAGAAAUGACUCCUGGUAUGGGUGAUGGUUGGCCUACAAAGCAGGUAGGGACAAAGCUGGGUUGUGUCGUCAAUGGAGAUUUGUAUGCCUUGGAUCCUUCUAGAUACUUGGAUAAUGGAAAGAUAAAGAUGUAUGAUUAUCAGGAGGAUGUUUGGAGAGAUGUUAUAAAAAAGGUUCCAGUUCUUCAUUUUACCGACUCUGAAUCUCCAUAUUUGCUUGCUGGUUUUCUUGGGACUCUCCAUGUUAUUACAAAAGGUGCCAACGACCAUAUUGUGAUAUUGAAGGCUGAUUUACAGAAAUCUAAAUGCUUAAAUGUUUCAACUUCAUCUGGUGCUUCAAGUGAUUCCAGAAAUGAAACCUCUGUUUCUUGGACAGAGGAUGAACCUGAAUUUUGGCAAGUGAUUGCUUCGAAGGAUUUUGGGACAGCUGAGCUUGUAAACUGUCAGGUCCUUGAUAUUUGACUUCUUUGGAUCUAAAUUGUUCCUUUUUUGUUGGGUACAUCAGCAGCCGUGUUUCAGGAUGUAAAUCCAUCAAGAGAUAUAUACUAAAUGCAACCUUUUGUCUGGUCUACAGAAAUAGAGUUCUUGAAUUUUGUCAAAAGAAGGAAUGAAUUUCUGCAAUCCAAAGAGUAGUCACCCCAAAAUCUGGUGGGUUCCAUACUGAUCAAGAUAUUACACCUUUUUUUCCUUAUUCCAGCAGCAAUGGUGUGGAAAGUGAGCUUCGGGAUAAUAUAUAUUAUAAACUCCAUUACUUCGAUAUAACUUGUAGUUUAUUCUGUUUCUUGUGGUUUGUGAAUAUUUUAGGUUAUUCGACAGAAUGUUAGUUAUAUGCACACACUUAUACACACAUUUAUUGUUUCACUUUUUAUAGAAUCACACUCGUUCCUGUAA